ACACUUACAGUUACACUUGACUAGAAACCAGUGAGAUGAGCAGUUGGAAGUCGCGUGGCAACAUGAGGGCAAUUAUAUUUUGCGCGUUAUUGGGCUUAGUGACUGGCCAAGGUGAAGAUAAGUCGGUGUUGGAUAGCAUUAGAGGGGUCAGAAGUAGCUUCAAGUCCGUGGCAUCGACGGACGCAUCAACAGCUACUUGUCUAGAUGGAAUGACCUGCGUAGCCCCGACGAUGUGCGGUGUAUCUGGUUCCACCUGCGAGGAAGGAAAAGUGUGCUGUCCUCGCGAACAAUUGAAGAUUGACGUGGCCCAGGAAGAUCCUGCAGAUGAAGGUGUUGCUGGGCGCUCGUCUAACGGUUAUUCAGGCAACUCGUUCGGACUUGACCCUAGGAAGUUCAACACUAGAGGUCCCGCUGAGCCGAGGCCUCAGGGUUCUGGCACCUCUGAAAAAGGUUCCUCUGAAACCGAAGCCAAUAGUGCCGAUAGGGAGCAGUUCGGGCAAGAUUCCCGUGGGUUUGACCCUAGAGACAAUCACGGCCCUCUGAGACGUGGGCCGCGUCCGGAAGUCCCAGAAUCUUUCAGAAGUGGCCUUGAUGGCAGGCAGGGAUACACGCCGUACAGUGGCGCCUCUUACUCGGCAAGCCCGCGUGGAUCGUACGGAGGAGGCUCCUACGGCGGAUCUUACGGAGUUACUCAGGAGGCUUACGGAGACGAUAAGCAUUACGGCAGCUUCCGGCACUUGUUCAUCGAGGGCUUCGGGCGCUUCGCACCAGAUUUCUAUGGUCCAGGGUUCGAUUUGAGGCAACUCUCCUAUCCAGCUAGAGAGGUUCUCCACAAAUUCAGAUACAAGGAAGAGUGUGGAGUUAAACGAACCAACUUGUUCGCUGCGUUGCAAGUGGCUCCCCGCCACCCCUACGGAGGUCCUCUUCCCUACCGCCCCGCACCCCGUGGCCCUCCUGCGCUUACCUUCAGGAAGCUGGGAGAGUAUCCUUGGCAGGCUGCCCUGCAGGGUUGGACUCCUCGCGGCUACGGUCUGCGCUGCAGUGCGACUGUUGUCAACCCUUUCCUCCUGAUCACCUCGGCGCACUGCCUGAAUGCCGUGGUUGAGCCCGAGCUGAAGGUGGUGCUAGGCGCGUUCGAUCUGCUUCUGCCCCACCCACUCCUGCCAAUUGUGGAAAGACCAGUGUCGAGGAUAUUCGUCCACGAAGAUUUCAACUCGGCAACGCUUGCUCAUGACGUAGCGCUGCUGCAGCUCCCUGUUGGCGUGAACUUCCAGAUGACUCCACACAUCGGACCCGCUUGCCUACCCAGGCAGAAUCAGACUUUCGUCGCAACCUCCUGCUACAUCGUUGGCUGGACCGACCCCAACCCAUUCGAUGGCCCCGUACCUCGCACCAACGAGAUGAGUGUCUCGAACUGGCAGUUCGUCGCCUCCAGGCAGGAGUGUCUGCAGCUCGUGUCACAGUACGCACGCCCCCUCAGCCCGAAUGACCUCACCGAAGAGAUGCACUGCAUCAGGAGUGUCUCGGAGUCUUCGUGCUUGGGUUCAUCGGGAGGUUCUCUGUUGUGCGAUGUAGAGACCAUCCCAGGCACCCCCACUGUUAGUGGCACUCCAACUACCGCCGGUACCACCACCCCUGGCGAUCAGACAUCCGUGAAACACACUUUCCUCGCCGGCAUAGUGUCGUGGAGCAACGGGAGAUGCGGCAAAGACGCCGUCGCGGUCAUCACCGAACUUUCUCCCUACGGCGGUUGGAUUAACGACUUGCUGUCAAAUGCAGGUGGUCUGGAUAAAUUCAAUCCCGACUAUUAUGGAGUCUUUGUGGGUGGAUAUCCUCGCGGUCGUGGUGAUUAUGGCAACUCUGGCUACGGCACUGGCUAUGGCAACUCUGGCUACGGCACUGGCUAUGGCAACUCUGGCUACGGCACUGGCUAUGGAAGGUUNUCUGGCUACGGCAACUCUGGCUACGGCAACUCUGGCUACGGCAACUCUGGCUACGGCAACUCUGGCUACGGCAACUCUGGCUACGGCAACUCUGGCUACGGCACUGGUGGCUACAGCCGAUAA